AUGGCACGACGCGGCAUGGUGUGGUAUGAACCAUGGCAGGCGGCAACGAGAUCGGCGUCGAGUAGUGGCAAGGUGCGGUUCAGCCAGUAUCAAGGCAUCGGCAACGACUUCAUACUCGUGAGCCGCCCCCUUCUCCUCUAUCCAUCCCUCCAUGCCCGCCUCCCUGCGUGUGGACAACCGGUGGUGUCGCAGGAGCAGGCGGCGUGGCUGUGUGACCGCCACUUCGGGGUGGGCGGAGACGGGGUGAUCUUCCUGCUGCCGGGGUUGGCGGGCGCCGACUUCACCAUGUGCAUCUUUAACACUGACGGCAGUGAGCCAGACGUGCGCCCUGUACUGCAACGUGGUGCAGUGUAG